AUUCCCUACUGUCUAACUCAGUUUACAACACAGCAUCAUGUCUCUUCCACACUUCAGCACUCAUCUUCCUUGCUUUUCUUCAACUUCAGAUUCUUCUAUGAUUGCAUCAGCUCUAAAGAAGAAGAAUAACAGCACUACAGCUUUGUGUUUUGAAGACACUAAAGAAAGAAUCAAGAACAUUUUCAAGAAGGUUGAACUUUCAAUUUCCUCAUAUGAUACAGCAUGGGUGGCCAUGAUUCCUUCUUCCACGUCGCCUCACGCCCCAUUUUUCCCUCAGUGCUUGAAUUGGUUACUAGAUAAUCAACUUGUGGAUGGCUCCUGGGGUCUUCCCGAUCGCCAUCCACUGUUGAUGAAUGAUUCUCUCUUGUCCACCUUAGCAUGUAUCCUUGCAUUAAAGCAAUGGAAUAUUGCGGAAGAUAAGAUAAACAAGGGACUUGAAUUCAUUGAGUCAAAUUUUACUUCAAUCAUUGAUGACCAGCAACAGCAUCCCAUAGGAUUUGAUAUACUUUUUCCUUCAUUGAUUGAAUAUGCACACAGUUUGGGCAUUAACAUUGCAAUUAGAUCUACAACCUUGGAAGCAAUAAUCCAGAAGAGGGACAGAGAACUCAAAAGAGGCUUUGAAUGCAAUUCAGAAGGGUGGAAAGCAUAUCUAGCAUAUGUAUCCGAAGGAAUGUUGAACUCAAUGGACUUUAAUACAAUCAUAAAGUAUCAAAGAAAGAAUGGAUCUUUAUUUAAUUCACCAGCUACGACAGCAGCUGUUUUCCAGCACUCAAACAAUGCUGACUGUCUUAGUUACCUUCAAUCAGUUUUACAAAAGUUUGGUAAUGCAGUUCCAACAGUUUAUCCUCUAGACAUAUAUGGCCGUCUCUAUAUGAUUGAUAGUCUUGAAAGAUUGGGCAUUGAUCGUCAUUUCGAAAAGGAAAUUCAAAGUGUAUUGGAUGAAACAUACAGAUAUUGGCUACAAGAAGAAGAAGAUAUAUUUUUAGAUCCAACAACCUGUGCAAUGGCGUUUCGAAUAUUGCGUCUCAAUGGUUAUGAUGUAUCUUCAGAUCCAUUUUAUCAAUAUUCAGAAGAUAAAUUUGCCAAUUCCUUGAAAGGGUAUUUGAAGGAUGUUAGUGCUGUUUUAGAGCUAUAUAAGGCUUCGCAAGUCAUUAUACAUCCUGAUGAAUCAGUUUUGUUUAAACAAAGUUCUUGGACAAGACAUUUUUUGGAGCAAGAUUCUUCCACUUACCAAUUGUACGCUGAUAAACUUCGGAUUUAUGUUGAUAACGAGGUCAAUGAAGUUCUUAACUUUCCACAACAUAAAAAUUUGGAGCGUAUGUUGAACAGGAGAUCAGUGGAGCAUUACAAUGCAAACGAAACAAGGAUUUUGAAAACAUCAUACAGAUCUUGCAAUCUUGCAAGCAAAGAAAUUCUGAAGCUGGCAGUAGGAGACUUCAAUCUCUGCCAAUCAAUACACAAUCAAGAGUUGAAACAACUUGAAGGGUGGAUUGUUGAAAAUAGACUAGACAAAUUAAAAUUUGCAAGGCAGAAACAAGCAUAUUGUUACUUCAUCGGUGCAGCUACUCUUUUUUCCCCCGAACUAUCUGAUUCUCGCUUAGCUUUGGCAAAAAGUACGGUGCUUGUAACAGUUGUUGAUGAUUUCUUUGAUGUUGGGAGUUCUGAAGAAGAGCAAUUGAACAUCAUUCAACUAUUCAAGAUUUGGGAUGUAGAUGUUGAUACUGUUUGUUGCUCCGAGGCAGUUAAGAUAAUAUUUUCUGCAAUGCGUAGCACAAUUUGUGAGUUUGGAGAGAAAUCUGUCAAGCGGCAAGGACGCAAUGUGACAGAAAAUCUUAUCAAGAUUUGGUCAAAUAUGAUUCAGUCUAUGUUUAUAGAAGCUGAGUGGUCAAGAAGCAAAACCAUUCCAACAAUAGAUGUUUAUAUGGAAAAUGCAUGUGAAACAUUUGGCUUGGAACCACUUAUUCUAACAGCACUCUAUCUUCUUGGACCAAAGCUUUCAGAUGAUGUUGCUACAAAUAAGGAAUUGAAUUAUAUCUUAAAGACGACGAGUAUAUGCGGGCGUCUUCUGAAUGAUAUUCAAACAUUUAAGAGAGAAUUCGAGCAAGGGAAACUGAAUGCAGUGACUUUGCAUAUGGUUCAUGGUAAUGGAGUUGUUACCGUCGAAGACGCCAUUGAUAAGUUGAAGAGUGUUGUGGAGGAAAACAGAAUGGAACUUCUGAGAUUAGUUUUGCAGGAAAAAGGAAGCUUAGUUCCAAGACCUUGCAAGGAUGUGUUUUGGAAAAUGAUGAAAGCGUCGUACCUAUUUUACGAUGAGAAUGAUAAAUUUACAUUAAAUGAGAUGUACUCUACUGUUAAUGCAGUAAUUAAAGAUCCAAUUUUUCUUAAUGAAUUGUUGGGUGAUUCUAAGAAACACACCCUCUCAAAAGCACUAGUGGUGUGAUACCAUAGUUCAAUAGGUAAAAACUGAGAAAAUCUAGAGCUGCAAUUGUUUUUGGCAAUGAAAUAAAAUAGGAGAGAAGGAUCUUCUUUUGUGUGUUUUGGUUUCAUGAUAGAAAGUGGUCCAUUUGUUUUAGUGAAUGAAUUAAUUUUUAAGAA